CAUUUCUUUUUGUUCUUUUUUUUCUGCACAAUAUUUUUUUUGGUCUCUUUCGAGGUAUUCUUAUCAAAAGAAUAGGAGCAUUUCUAUACGAAUUUUAUUUUUACGAUUUCUAUAAAGCCGGCAGGCGAAAUUUGACGUGGUUGAAAAUUUUUAGAGACAUACAUAGAUAUUUCAAGAGAAAAAUAUGGAAGGAAAAGUUACCGUCCUUACUCCGAAUAAUAGGAGGCAAAAUGUUAAGGUUACACCUAAUACGACUAUACUACAGAUUUUAGAAGAGGUUUGCCAGAAACACGAUUUAGACAGCAAUGAAUACUGUCUAAAGCAUCACAACAAAGAAGUCGGCCUCACUCAAAUGUUUCGCUUUAGCGGGCUUCCUAACAAUUGCUUAUUGGAAAUGUCACAUACCGAACGCAGACGGACCGAGUCAAACGUUAGCAUUUGUGUGCAACUGGAAGAUGGAUCGCGUGCUCAAGGCCAGUUUAAGCCCAACAAUAGCCUUUGGCAUGUGAUAGAACAGCUCGGUGCUGAAGCAAUAGAGAGUUAUACAAGCCCCGUAGCGAUUUAUAUGCGGCAAGAUAUUAUCGGUAAAGAGCGUAUGCAGGAGACGACGCUUAAGUCAUUAGGCAUUAUCGAAGGCCGGGCGAUGAUUCGAGUCAUAAAUAAAACAGCGGAAGAUUUGAAGUCGCAAGCUAAUGUUUACAUACCACCAACAGUCAAAGUUGAUGCAAAUAAAGCAGCAACCACGGUGGCUCCACAAAAUAGUACAGUCAAACAAAGCGGAGGUGGAGGUGGGGGAUUUGCAAUAACGAAAGAUUUAGUACAGUCACUUAAGAAAUCAAAUAGCGAGAUUAAUGAGAAAAGUGAUAUUAAGGAGGAGAUCACACCCGUCGAUGCGGUUUCCAUGGACAAUGAAACUCAAAAACCCAAGUACGAUUGGGGUUCGGGCACCGGUUAUUCUAUACAAGAUUCGUUCCAUGCGCAGAAUACUGCCAAAAAUCUCAGUGAUGUAGCAGACCAAGAACAAGACGAAAUGGAUAUAGAGCCGGAAGUGCACAUUAUUGGCGAACGAAAUGCUGUGCUAUAUUCUCUGGAUGAUACACAAACUCAGGCUGAAGAGUUACCUGAUUCAUUCUUCGAUUUAACAGUUGAAGACCUUAGAUUGGUAUUACGCGAUUUAAAAAAGGUGUCAAAAGGUGAUGAAAACUCACCGCUACUCACAGAACAAUUGCGUAAACUGGAAGAGCAAAAAACUAUGUUGAACAAAAUUGGGCAAUAUAAGAAUUGCGUGUUACGAAUUCAAUUUCCAGAUCGAUUUGUACUUCAAGGUAUUUUUAAGCCCAUCGAUAAAAUAUCCGAUGUUGUGGAUUUUGUGCGGAAGUUCUUGCACGAUGAAAAAGCAAAUUUCUAUUUGUUUACUAUACCUCCGAAAUACAUUUUGCCUUUGGAUCAAUCGCUGUUGGAAUUGAAUUUUGUGCCUACUGCAGUGCUGCACUUCGUCUUCCAAGAUAAGGAGGAAAAUGCUAAUGUGGCGAAUAAAUCGGUUGAACCGAUCUAUUUGAAGUCAGAGCUGAAGGAUAAGCUCACAACUGUAGAAGGCGCAUUUUAUGCAGCAAAUAAAAUGCGUAUCUCGAAUGCUAGAGUCUCAAAAUCAAGUGCAAAUGACGGUAGCGAUUCCUUACUGCGUGAGCAAAACGAGCAAAGAAGUGCCGACACAUCGAUGGGUGCCAUACCGAAAAAACAGAAAAAUAGUAAUCUUAACAGUAUGAUUUGAUAAAUACAAAAAAAAAAAACAAUAA